AUAGAUUUUUUACCUUCUAUCCAUAAUUUUAAUGUAUAUAUAAAGAUACUCAAGUAGAACAGCAAUAUGAAUACUAACAAUAGAGGUUGAGGGAAAUAAAUUCUCUGGUAAAUCAUGACUUCUUCCUCUAAUUGUUUUUUUCUUGUUUCACUGGUAGUCUUGUUACUAUUUUUCUUAGGAUCUACUUUGACCAUGGCCUCAACAAAAGACAUUGAUUCCAUAUGCAAUGAUUCUUUUGUCCAUAACCAUAACAAAACAUUAUGCCUGCAAACGCUCACAGCGUAUCCUCCCGCCGUCUCUGCAACUAACAUGGUCAAUCUUGUAAAAGUCACAGUCGAUCUUGUAAGGACACAAGCUAAAAAAAGGGCAGGUUUCGUUGCCGGAUUGGAAAAAGAGCCUACAUUUAAUAAAACGAUGUGCUAUGAAUCAUAUAUCUCAAUAGUGGAUAAUUUUAGAAGUGCUCAAUUAGAAAUUGAGGAUAACGAUGCGCAGACUGCAAGCUAUGAUAUCAUGGUUAGUUUUGACCAAACAAAAAUCGUGAAGGAUCAAGUCGGAAAGAACACAGACAAGGCCUCAAAGAGGCUUAUGGAGAUGACAUUGGUCAUGGAGGAUUUCAUUGCUAUAGCUGUUGGAGCCAUCAACAGAAUAUGACGCAAUUAUUGAACUUUUCAUGUGCUCAAAUCCCAAAAGAUAAUAUUUAAAUUUGAAAUAUGACUAUAAAUUUCAACUCUGAUUAAUAAAUGCAGCAUAUCGAUAAUA